CAUUGCUGCUCAGGGGUCCCCAAUGCUGCCCGGGGUCCCCAAUGCUGCCUGGAGGUCCCCAUUGCUGCUCGGGGGUUCCCAAUGCUGCCCGGGGUCCCCAAUGCUGCCCGGGGUCCCCAUUGCUGCCUGGAUGUCUCUAACGCUGCUGGGUGUCCCCAUUUUUGCCCCUCGCUGACCCCACCUCUCUGCAGGCAGCGAUGCCCGUGGAGCCCCAGCUCUGCGCUGGCACGGCCUCACGGGUGAGCUCUGUGCUUAACCGGGAUGCGAAGCAGUUUGGGAAGAAGCACAUGUUCGACGCCAGCGAGGAGACGUGCUGGAACUCGGACCAGGGCACGUGCCAGUGGGUGACCCUGGAUUUCCCCCGCACCGUCAAGGUCUCGCAGCUUCACAUCCAGUUCCAGGGAGGAUUCUCCAGCCGGCUGUGCACGCUGGAAGGCUGCAGAGCAGGUGAAGAACUGGUGAAAAUAUCUGCCCUGUACCCCGAGGACACCAACGCCAUGCAGAGAUUCCAGGUGGAGGAGACGGUGCUGGAUAAGCUGAAGGUCACCUUUGAGAACAGCACUGACUUCUUCGGGAGGAUCGUGGUGUACCACCUCGGGGUGCUGGGGGAGAGGCUCUAGGGCAGCGGCGAGGGACGGGGGGGGACGCUCCCUCAUUGCCUGUGUUCCCCCACAGAGACUCUGCUGCGUGGGGGGAAAUGGGACAGCAAACCCUGCCAGCGGGGAUGUGCUGCCCCCAGCUGCACCCCAAGGCGCUGAGAGGGAGCCCCUGCCCCACGGGAUGGCAGUGACAGAGGGACGCGAGUGCAGAGAUCCACGGGCUGAGCUUCUGAGCCCUUGGUGGGGGACAGCCUGUGUACCCAGCCAAAUAAAUGGUGUCCCCACUCCUUCCCGGCUGCUCCUUGGGCAAGUGGCACCCCAGGACCGAGCCCUCUGGAGUUUGCUGUGGCCAUGCUGGUGCAUGGCUUGAGCAGGCGAGAGAAGUGCCACCUCCCCGUGCUGUGGGCUCUGGUUGUCCCUCACCUUUACUAACCACCCCUGAACAUGGGGCGGCUCUUUGUGGCCUCGUGGGGCUCCGAUUUGGGAUUGUAGCAUGCCAGCUGUCAGCCGAGGCCGUGCUGGGUUCCUGGGUGAUGCUUUCCGCGGGAUUUUGCUCCCGCCUAUGGACAUUUCCCUGGCUGGUUAUAGCGCUGCGUGCAGGGAGGGCUUGGCAGGUUCAUGGGCGUAAGAGGGAGCUUCCCUCCUCAGAGACAGCUCUGGAGAGGGAAUACCAGGGCACUGGGAGGGUGCGGGCCUUGAAG